AAGGUGAGUAACAAAACGAAGGAAUAAAGGUGCAAGCGACGGGACAGAAUCGAGAUAGAUAUAUAAUAUAAAUUUAAUUAAUCGCCGGAAAACGAAAAAAAGGAAAGAUUUUCCGGCGAAUAUGAAGGGUAAUUAUCGGCGGAAGAGAACGUUGCGAUUGGUGAAGUACGAGGAAUUGCCGGAAUAUCUAAAAGACAACGAGUUCAUAUUGGAUUAUUACCGGUCGGAAUGGUCGGUUAAGGAUGCUUUGUUCAGCGUUUUCGCGUGGCACAACGAAACGUUAAAUGUUUGGACUCAUUUGGGAGGCUUUCUUAUAUUUGCAGCGAUGGCGGCGACGGAAGCCGGAGGAGGAGGAGGUUUUCUGUCUAAUAUCUGCAGAGUUGGGGUGACGGGGUCGUUGAAGACGGGAAAGCAGAUCAACGGUUCUCAUUCUCAAAACAAAGCUUCCCAGUUUCAGGAUUCACAUUUGAGACAGAUUUUGGAAGUAUCCAUUUUUGAUAGGGUGAGAGAAUAUGGAACAGAAACAAUUCCAAGAUGGCCAUGGUUCAUUUUCUUAGGUGGAGGAAUGUGCUGCUUACUUUGCAGUUCAGUUUCCCAUCUUCUUGCUUGCCACUCCAAACGAUUUGGCCUGUUUUUUUGGCGUCUAGAUUAUGCCGGAAUAUCAAUUAUGAUAAUAUGCUCCUUCUAUGCUCCAAUUUACUAUGUGUUUUUCUGCAAUCCUUAUGCAAGGUUACUCUAUUUGACAUCAAUAUCGGUCCUCGGAGUAAUGGCAAUAAUCACCCUUCUUUCCCCAUCACUUUCAUCACCUCGAUUUCGAACCUUUAGAGCAUGUUUAUUCCUUUCAAUGGGUUUUUCAGGUAUUAUUCCAGCGGUUCAUGCUCUCGUAAGCAAUUGGGGAAGCUCGCAUAUUGUAGUUGCAAUUGGAUACGAGCUCUUAAUGGGCAUUCUAUAUGCAACAGGUGCUGUGUUUUAUGUUACUAGAAUACCAGAGAGAUGGAAGCCUGGAGCAUUUGAUAUUGCAGGACAUAGUCAUCAGAUUUUUCAUAUUUUUGUUGUCCUUGGGGCACUUGCACAUGCCACUGCGACACUCGUCAUAAUCGAUUUUCGAAGGCGAUCACCGACAUGUGCAUUUUACUAGUUUACUUGUGUAUUGCAUUAUCAUUAUUGUAUCAUUAUUUGAAUUUAAUUAGCAACCAAACCCUACCAAUGGAUUGUUGUAAUGCAGAUUGUCGUAAUAUGCAGUAAUUCUAGCUCUUUUAGCUUGCAAAUUAAAGUAGACAAAAACGAACAACAAUUUAGAGUA